AUGAGUGGAAGCGCUGAUAUUCUCGACGGCUUUUUUGUGGGUCCGGAGAUUUCUUCCCAGGGCGGUGGAGGAUCAGCUCUUUGGGGAAGCGAGCAGCAUCAACAGCAUCCGGACCUACGCCGUCAGCGGCAACAGUUGUCUAAUGCCCUUCAGCCGCACACCCCAGACAACUCUGUCGAUGUCGCCACCACCACCAGCAUCUGCAGCAGCACUCCGAAUAACGGCGAUAAGGACAUCUCGGGGCUACCGGGCAGCAGAGGAGAGGUGGAUUACAAGGAAGCCGGGGGUGUUGCUGUUGUUAACUUGGGUAUGAAUGGAGGUAUAGACAGAACUGGUGGAGUCAACCAAAACAGCAGCAGUGAUGUCAGCAACGGCAACAACAACGUGAACUAUGUCCGCGUGGGUGUGGAGCCGUCGAUUAGUCCAGUGCCCUCUGGAACUGCGUCAAAUGAGGCCUUUGCCCCACUGGGAUCCCGGUAUAUUCCUGACGUAGGGCAGCGUUUGCCCCAUCAGGUACUUCACCACCAACAACCCAACAUUCCAGUUCAACUUGGACCCGCGUCACUGCCGAAGGUGGACCGCGUGAACGAGGCUGGUGUUCCAUCCACCCCCGCACUUCCGCGCGGUGAUGGCAUGCUGGAUCAGCUUUUGUCCAGGUUAGGUGAGAGUAAGAUUAUGGCAACACUGUUGUUAAUGCAAACGAUGCAUUCUUCGCCGCAGGGUUCACCCGCGGUUGCUAUCCUGGAUCGUGUAGUUGCGACCUUAGAGGAGAGCAUAACAAACAUCACUCAAUCUCGUGACUUGUUGUCUCCUCCUACAACGAAUGGAGGUGUGCCUUUUCAUGGCAUGCCCAACGACGUUCUGCUCGACCCACUACACGCGCCCCCGCUGCAAGCUCAGCCUCAGCACCAACAAUUUCAGCCCAAUGGGGGCGAUAUGCCGUACUUUCCAGGUCCUUCGGCUCCCGGCAGAUAUAACGACCGUGCUAUUUGGUUUCCCCCACAGAUGCCUGGAUCCAAUGGUGACGGCGGCAACCUAAUGGAGACGGGGUGUCCCACCGUUACUGUGGGGGCGAUGCAUCAACCCCACCCCAGCCCCAGCCAGAAACAACAAAAUCAGAAAAAUCAGCGACGGCACCGGCAGCAACCACAUGCACCGGCUGUACAAGGUCAGCGGCCGUUUGAUUCGGGAAUGCUUCCUUCGAACCAAAUGGCGCCAUACAUUAACGGUGGUGGCCCUGCUGCGGGGGCAGCGUAUAACAACUCCAAUGCUCCUUUGCUCGAUAUGGGCGAUGAUUCUUUGCCAGCGUACGACACGUCCGCCGACUCCGGCGCCGCCCUAGUGGACGGCAGCCGCGGCAACCACACCGGCAGCAGCAAUAACGGCGUUGGUGGUGGUGUGCUUGGGCAAGGGGGCGACGAGAUAAUUCGUGGCCCUCCUCACCGUCCGUCGGAGCUCCAACUUCCACCGGGGAGUGAAGAAGUUGAGAGUUUUCUCGCUUUUGUGGAGUUCAAGCGCGGUCGCAUACGCAAGUAUGAGUGCCGGAUUGAUAUAUUCCCCGGGCAGUACGUCAUUGUGGACGGGGACCGGGGGAGGGACUGCGGGCUCGUCGUGCAAACCGUGAAGUGUAAACCUGAUGGUAACGCUGCUGUUUGCUGCAUGGAUGGCUGCAAUGUGAAUUCUGAUAAAAUCAAAUUGGAGAAGGGCCGCGUGCUGGGGGUCGCCACGACGGAGGAGAUCGACUAUAUUCACCACACAAUGCAGCGAGCAGAGCGAAUUGCGCUCGAGACAUGCCGGAAGGUGUGCGACGACAUGGGCAUAAGGAUAAAUUUGCUGGACUGCGAGUAUCAGUUUGACAUGGAAAAAGUGAGUUUCUACUUCAACAGCGAGCACAGUGUGGAUUUCCGACCACUCGUGCGAGAGCUGUACCGCACAUUCCGCGUUCGUAUUUGGAUGGAGAACACAAACCCACGUGUCAAAAACAGCAUGCCAACAGGUGGUAGUGGUGGUGGCAGGCGGGGUAGCAUUAAAAACAGCAACAAUAACAAUGGAGACGACAGCGACGGCAUCGGGGACGACGUUUCUGUUCUGAGUGAUGUUGCGGACGCAGUCAAGAGGCAUGAAGGGGGAAAUGGCGCUAGCGGCCCUAACGGAGGCGGCAAACGCCGCGGCUGCCAGCGUGGCUUUCAAAGGCAGAAGCAGGCAAAGCGCAGCAGCAGUUAG